AUGUCUAAAUUCGGUAGACGAGACAAUUUGGUGCAUCAGGCUAGUUUUGAUCGCUUGCAGAAUGCUACAAUAAAACAAGAAAAUGUUAAAAAACAUCGGAAAGAAAUUGCGGAAUCACCAGAAUAUGCUCGAAUUCUGAAAGAAUUAAACGACGAAGGCAUCGAAUUGAUUUGGUCAUCUGGCAUCAAUGUACCAAUGAGAAUCGCUGUUGUAUUGGCUGCUGAAGAGGACAGCGCUGAGUUUUUAUCGUCGAUUUUGGUGGAAUAUGAAAUGAACGGUAUACGUCUCAAACACCUGGAAAUACGUCCGGUACAGGAAAGAAAUGGAUCUUACAUAGUAGCCGGCAUAAAAAAAAAUUUGGAAGUAAAAUUUGAAAUUUUUGCUGAUUGUGAAUGCACGAAAGAUGCAUUUUUGAAUACAACGAAAUGUUUAGCAGAUCGAUAUCACAUCCUACGACUGAAUGUGUACAAUAGUACCGAUGAAUCGAUAGAAAAGAUUCCAUGGUUUCCGAAACACAUUUCCGAUCUGGACAAAUGCUACCAUUGUGUAGUGAAGUAUGAACCAACAUCUGAUCCGCGACAUCCGGGUUACGGCGAUAAAACAUAUAUCCAACGAAGAGAGCAGCUGAACGACAUUGCCAAAGAGUACAAACAUGGCGAAAAAUUGCCGGAGAUUGAAUAUAGUUCGGAAGAGCACAAAACUUGGGAACUUGUCUUUAACAAGCUCAAAUCACUGCAUUCUUCUUAUACUUGUGUCGAGUAUCAACAAAAUUUUAGACAAAUGGAAUUGGAAGGACUUCUAGAGCCUACUCGAAUACCAAAAUUAUCGCUUAUUAAUAAAUAUCUUCAACGUAAAACCGGAUUUACACUUCGACCAUGUGCUGGAUUACUUUCAGCACGUGAUUUCCUGGCUAGUUUGGCAUUUCGAGUCUUCCAAACUACUAUAUACGUUCGACAUUAUGGUUCACCUCAUCAUUCCCCAGAACCGGACUUAAUUCAUGAAUUCAUCGGACAUUGUCCAAUGUUUGCUGAUCCGCUCAUUGCCCAAUUCUCUCAGCAAAUUGGACUUCUAUCACUGGGUGCAACUGAUGAGCAGAUCGAACAGCUUGCUACAAUGUACUGGUUCACGAUUGAAUUCGGUUUGUGUCGUCAGAAUGGUCAGUUAAAAGCUAUCGGCGCUGGAUUGCUUUCCUCAUAUGGUGAACUUAUGCAUGCCUGUUCGGAUAAACCACAACAUGAAGCAUUCGAUCCGCAACGUACAGCACUGCAAAAAUAUGAAGAUUUCGAUUAUCAACCACUUUACUUUGUUGCUGAUUCAAUCUUCGACGCAGUGACUAAAUUGAGAGUUUUCGCGCAAAAUUUUCAACGUCCAUUUGUGGUUACCUAUGAUCCAUAUACGGAAUCAGUGGAAGUUAUGAGAGAAAUGCAAGAUUUGAAGGAUGGAUUAAAUCGCUUCAAAGGCGAACUGUCAUCGUUUACUGAAGCUGUCGAAGCACUGAGCAAAAAUAUAGCUAAGAAAUGA